GUCACACGACAGCAAUGACGAAAAAAGGCAGGAAUGUGGUGCACAGGAAUCCGAAUUUUUAUAACCUAUUUUUUUGAAUAAAAAAUGCCUAAAAAGCACUUGUUUGUUGAAUUAUUCCGUAGUAAAUUUUUCGAUUAUUCCUCAGUACCAUUAAGUCAGUAAAGAUGGCCAGCAACCAAGAUAGCAACGUUCCUGCAAGUAUCGAAGAAUUACUUAAAAAACACAAGCAGGAGAAGAAAGAUUUGCAAGCGGAAAUUCAAGCUCUGAAAAAAGGGGAAGGUGCUUUGUCGAAAAAGAAGAAAAAAGAAGUUGCAGACAAAGUAGCGAAAUUACAGAAACUCCUCGACGAGAAACAAGCCAAGGAGUUGAAUGACCUUAAAUCGGCAGAACUUGAUAAGGUAGAAGAGAGCGUGCUUCGCCGAAGUCCUCGCACUCAAACCCGAAAUGAAAGAAAAAAAUACGAAUCGGCAGAGCCUGACAUAUUAAAAAGUGAUCCUGAAGAACCCAACAAGGUGGAACCAGACAAAACUACUCCCAAAGUUGAAAGCGCUCUUCGCAGAAGCCCUCGCAAAAGGCCUACCUCUCAAGAAUACCGAUCGACACAACCUGACAAGGUAGAAGAUAAACUCAGUGAAGGUGCAAGUGAAAAAACGACCCCCAAAGCAAAAAGAACUCAUCCUAGAAGGCCACGCUCUAGAGAAUAUAAAUCAGCCGAAUCUGAUACGGUAGAAGAUGAAAAAAGUCCUACCAAAGGAAGAAGCGGUCUUCGCAGAAGGCCACUCUCUCAAGAAGACAAAUCAGCUGAUUUGUCUACACCAUCAGGUUCAGCUGAACCUGAUGGUGUAGAAGACAAAAUUAGUGAAGGUACAAGUGCAAAAAGUCCUACCAAGGGAAGAGGUGGUCUUCGCAGAAGGCCUCUCUCUCAAGAAGAUGAGUCAACAGAACAUGAUAAGGUAGAAGACAAAAUUAGUGAAGGUACAAGUGCAAAAAGUCCUAUCAAAGGAAGAGGUGGUCUUCGCAGAAGGCCUCUCUCUCAAGAAGAUGAAUCAACAGAACAUAAUAAGGUAGAAGACAAAAUUAGUGAAGGUACAAGUGCAAAAAGUCCUACCAAAGGAAGAGGUGGUCUUCGCAGAAGGCCUCUCUCUCAAGAAGAUGAAUCAACAGAAGAUGAUAAGGUAGAAGAUAAAAUUAGUGAAGGUACAAGUGCAAAAAGUCCUACCAAGGGAAGAGGUGGUCUUCGCAGAAGGCCACUCUCUCAAGAAGAUGAAUCAACAGAAGAUGAUAAGGUAGAAGAUAAAAUUAGUGAAGAUACAAGUGCAAAAAGUCCUACCAAGGGAAGAGCUGGUCUUCGCAGAAGGCCCCUCUCUCAAGAAGAUGAAUCAACAGAACAUGAUAAGGUAGAAGACAAAAUUAGUGAAGGUACAAGUGCAAAAAGUCCUACCAAAGGAAGGAGUGGUCUUCGUAGAAGGCCUCUCUCUCAAGAAGACAAAUCAACAGAACAUGACAGGGUAGAAGACAAAAUUAGUGAAGGUGCAAGUGAAAAAACGACUCCCAGAAGAAAAAGUGCUCUUCCUAAAAGCCCUCGCCGAAGGUCUCGCUCUAAAGAGUCUGAUACAAGUGAAAAAAGUCCUACUCCAGGACGAAGUGGUCUUCGCAGAAGGUCUAGCUUUCCGCAAUACCAAUCGCCUGACUCUGACAGUGAAAGUUCCAGUGAAAUAAGUUCUUCCAAAGUAAAAAGCGCUCUUCGCCAAAGCCCUCGAAUAAGUGCUGGCCCAAGCCCUCAAAAGAGUCCUCGUUCUGAACAGCAAAGUGAAAACAAGCAAUACGAAACAAGGCAGCGCGAAAAACGCAAGCAGGAGAGGGAGGAUUUGAAAGCGAGAAUCGAGGCUCUGAAAAAAAAUAUUUUGAAAGAGGACAAAAAGGAGAAGAGAGAAGAUCUAGCGAAAUUAGAGAGAGAACUCGAAGAGAAACUUGAAGUUGAAGAUAGAGUACCCUUUAAAAAAGAAAAAACUCCGUCUCGCGCUCAAAAGCGAAGAGAAAAAAGAAAUAGCACAAAGAGACUGAGCGAAGAACGCAUCAAAAAUGAAGAAGAUGAGAAGAAGAAAGAAGGGCCAAAAGAUAACGAAGAAGAAAUGAAAAUGCUUCUUAAACUUGUUAGAGAUGAAAAUCUUCAAAUCCACCCAAUACGACCCGAUGGAAGUUGCCUGUUCGCAGCUGUUGGCCAUCAGUUACAACUUAAAGGGAUGCCUACAUAUACGCCUACUGAGAUACGUAAAAAGGCUGCGAAUUAUUUGAGACAAAAUAAGCCAAGGUUCAUGCAUGUUUUGGUCCAGGAAGCUGAUCUUGUGGACAAAAAUUCCGGCGGAAGUAGGAGAACUGCUGAUCAAGCGUAUGAAGCUUACUGUGUUAGAGUGGAAACAGACCGGUGGGGUGGUCAUACUGAAAUAAUAGCUCUUGCUAACGUUUUUGCGUGUGUUAUAAACGUUAUUCAAACACCGGGACGAUUUCUGUGUAUGGUUCCAUAUGAGGCUAGUGACAAUCCUGAAUUGACUAUUGUUUUUCAUCAAAAAAUGUUUGCGGCAGGGGGACAUUAUAACUCAACUGUGGCACGGCUAAUAGAAAAACAAGAAGAAGAAGAAGAUGAAGAUAGUGAAGAAAGAUGAAGGAGAUAGUGCUUGAUGUUGUAGAAUUAUACUGACGUUUAAAUGAAUUGACAAAAAAUAUAUAUGUAUGUGCAUGUAUUUAUUAAAAGAUUUU